UCUUUCUCUCUCUUUCUUUCUUUCUUCACUGUCUUUCUCUCUUACCCCCUUCCUCUUUUCUUUACUUUUUGCUUUAUAACAAAAAUUUAGUAUUCAUUUUUAUUUUAUACCCUUUUUCUCUUCUUUUAUUAACUACCCCCUUCCACUCUUUUUUAAAUACACAUGUCUUUAACAUACGGCCAAGAUGAAGUUAGCCACUUACGAUCACAAAACGAUCAGCUUUGGAAGAUCAUUGAAAAGCAGAGAGUCAUGAUCCAAAACCUUCAAAAAGAGAAUGCUCGACUUUCAGCUGAUCGUGAUGGUCUUUUGGAUAAAGUCAACUCGCUUGAAAAAGAAAUGAUUCGUAAGCAGCGAGUAACCUCUUUACUCAUUUCACCUCAGACAUUAAAGGAGAUUGCUGAGGCCGACGAUGCCUCUGUUGCAACACCAAGUGAAACAUCACCUGUUGAAUUGCCUCCCUUGAGCCCGAUGCCACCGCCACGGUCGCCUUAUCGACCGCUAAAGGAACGAGUCGAUGCCGUUUUCUUGCAGAAUGAGCCUGAAGACAUCAUACAUGGUCGAUCUUCACCUGGCUCGCCUGCUCCUGGUCCUCAUUCACCAACACAGGUUAUCCGUAAGGACAGUGCACCUCUGCCCAGCAACAAUAAGAUCAUUGUUCCUACACCCAGCAAGUCCUCUUCGUCCCUGGACAGACGUCAGCACCAGAGAGAAUCUAUGAUGCCACCUGCUCGAGCUGCCCUGGAACAUGAUCCAACCAUGAGAGCAGCCUCUCCUCCUCCUGCUACUCCUUCUAUUCGAACAACUCGUUCGAAACGUGAGAGUGCAGUGCUACAUCGUGCUAAUAGUGAUAUCCAACAGUCAAUGAAAAACAUGUCAACUCCCAACUUGCCCACCUACGAAAAACCAGAUGAUGAACCUAAACAGGACAACACCUCAUUUAUGAGAAAUAUGGCCAAUAUUCAUAUCAAGCUUGUGGGGUCCAAUAUCAAGCCAAAUGAUAAAGGCAAGGAAGUGAUUUCAUUUAUCAUUGCGAUUGGAUCACUUGGACACCAAGACGAAUUUGAAGAAAAAUGGAGAGUUGAAAAACUAUACUCUGACUUUUUAACGCUUGAUUCCAAGCUAAAGGCGCAGCGUAGCAAUCGAUCAGCAACAGCAAGAAUAGGCAAGUUACCCGAUAAGGCGUUAUUUUCAAAUAAUGCGCCCAGUAAAGUAGAUCAACGAAAGAUUGCUUUGGAGCAAUAUUUACAGCAUAUUGUGGCCUUACCUCUAGAAAAUACCUCACAUCUGUGCGAAUUUUUAAGCACUAAUAUUGUAGAUACCGUAAAGCAUCAAAUACCAGGACACAAAGAAGGAUAUCUAACCAAGAGAGGCAAGAACUUUGGCGGCUGGAAGACUCGUUAUUUUGUAUUGAAUGAUAACGUACUUGAAUAUUAUGAAUCUAAAGAAGGAAAUCAGUUAGGUUCGAUUCGAUUGACAAAUGCUCAAAUCGGCCGUCAGAUGCCAGGGACCACACCAGCAGCAGAAGAAUACAACAACAUCUAUCGACACGCAUUUUUAAUUGUCGAGCAAAGAAAAACAGGUUCCUCUCAUUUUGUCCGACACAUCCUCUGCGCCAACUCGGAUGAUGACCGUGACGAAUGGGUCCAGGCGUUGACACAAAACAUACAACUCGAGGAUAAUUUCAAACCACACAAGAAAAAAUCUUCAGAGAAGCCUAGAAAGCUAUCAAAAGGAGAGAUCAGAACAGUCUCGGCUCAACCGAUGAGCCAAGUCAAGUUGGAUAAUGCAGCAGACAUGGAGAAGUUCAACGCAGUUGUUCCUGCUGUCAAUGUUCAUCCAGAGGAAAAUGGUGGAUUGAAUAUCCCUAAUCAACCUACGCCUUCUAUUUCCAGUGAGAGUUCCGACUCCCUUCCGACAACGUGGGGGAGUAUGACAGACAUGCCCAGGCCUAGUCUUGAUCAUAGUAGAACUCUACAUGCACCUCGACCUCCAAUUGUUCGUCGCAGUUCAAUGGGUAACCUGAUAACGGAAGGAAAGAAGCAGGAACACCAUUCCUCGCGUCCUCAGAGAGCUGCUUCCCCAACGAUCAUUACAACAGUUGCAUCAGAUGAUGUGGAUAAUGAAAAGAAAGCACGAAACAAGGCUCAUCGAAUGACGUUUUGGGGCAAAAAGAUGUUUAGUAGUAACAGUAAUAGCAGUGCUGAUCAACAACAACUGUUACGAUCCUCUUCAUCUACGACAACCAACAACGGAGAAUCCGACAUGAAGCUUAGUCAGAGCAACAGUUCUUCCACUAGCAAUUCCUCAUCUGGCUUCCGUGGCUUCUUAUCACGCUCGUCACAUGAACAAGCCGAACGACAAAAAUCUAAGCAACAAGAGGAAGCAAAGUCUGCCAAGCAGGUAUUUGGUGUGCCUUUGGAUGUAGCUGUACGUAUAUCAAGAAUCAAUGAGGGUUAUGAGCUGCCUGCUAUUGUAUACCGCUGUAUCGAGUAUUUGGAUGCUAUGAAUGCUGUUAUGGAAGAAGGCCUUUAUCGUUUAAGCGGUAGUAACGCCACUAUGAAGGCUCUCAAGGAGAGAUUUAACCAAGAAGGUGAUGUUAACUUACUGGCUUCAAAGAAUGAAUAUGAUGUACAUGUUGUCGCAGGUUUACUAAAGAUGUGGUUACGUGAACUUCCAACGAGUGUAUUGACAAGAGAGCAUCGAACAGAAUUCUUACAUGUCAUCGAUUUACUGGACCGCAAAGACCGAGUCAAUGAACUGGGUCGUCUAGUCUCUCUUCUUCCACUAUCCAACUACACCCUUCUUCGAGCACUUACAGCGCACUUGAUACGAGUGGUGCAGCAUUCUGAUGUAAACAAGAUGACAAUGCGCAAUGUGAGUAUUGUAUUUUCACCCACACUUGGUAUCCCGCCUACCAUUUUCAACCUAUUCAUGAGCGAAUUUGAAUACAUCUUUUGGACAACUGAGAAUGGUGAUGCAGCACCAAGAAUGAUUGAAGACGAAGAGGAGGAAGCUAAGAAGCCUGCGCCUGCUCUAAGUCGGAAGACAACACUUCGUCUAGUGAGAGAAGAGCAUGGACGUAGCAAUCGUAAUAGUGUAAAUUAUAUGGAUGGAGCACCCAAUGCGAUUGUAGAUUUAGAAAAGAAUAUGGAUGGUCCACCUGUUCUUGAUGAAGAUGAAGAAGUGGAUGAUUUGACUAUAUAUGAUACGAGUGAUCAAAGAAUAUAACCUUAAACAGCUUUAAUAAUAAUAGUAGCAUAUUUAUAAUAAUAUUAAUAGUAGUAGUAGUAAUAAUAA